CGAGUCCGUUGCUGCUUCUAAACAUCUGACUUGUCUUUCUUCAUCUCUUUCGUUUUUCAAACUAACCAUCUUCAUCGUCAUCACCAUCCUCCACGACCAAUCCACGCAACAACAACAACAACAACCACCACCACCACCAUGUCUACCGGCCAGAUCCCCCCCGGAGGUACCUACCUCAACACCCUCAAGCGUUCCUUCACCGACGUCCCCGUCCAGGCCGACAAGGGCAAUGCCAUUCCCACCACCGAGUUCCUCGAGGCUGCCGAGUCGCUAGUCUCCAUCUUCGAUGUGCUCGGCUCUGCCGCCUUCUCCCCCGUCAAGAGCGACAUGCUCGGCAAUGUCGAGAAAAUCCGCCAGCGUUUUCUUGCCGCCCCUACCGAGUCCGAGACUCUCCAGGACCUUGUAAACAACGAGCAAAAGGCCAAGGAGAACAAGGCCGGCCAGGCCCUGCUCUGGCUCGUCAGGGGUCUCGAGUUCACUUGCAAAGGUCUUGCCAACAACGUCGCCGCCGCUGACCAGGAGCUUUCUACCUCGUUCCGCGCUGCCUACGAUGUCACCCUCAAGCCCCACCACAGCUUCCUCAUCAAGCCCAUCUUCAGCGCUGCCAUGAGCGCUUGCCCUUACCGUAAGGACUUCUACACCAAGCUCGGUGACGACCAGGACAAGGUCAACGCUCAGCUCAAGGAGUACCUCGCAGCUCUCGAGAACUUUGUCAUCAUCCUCAAGGCCUUCCUCGACAGCAAGGGCAUCAAGAAAUAGACGAAUCACGCCAAGAGGACAUACACACGACGCGACGGCAAGGCGGCACCACAUAUUAUUUUUUCACGAGCCAGCAUUCAUAUCUAUACCGAGAGGCGGAACUGGUUUCCCGUCCGACUCAGAGACGGGGACGAUCACGGGCUAGAGGGGACUGGAGCACCAUAGCACCGCAGGCCUUUUUGUCUGUCAGUUGUCUUUAUCAUUAGUAGUAGUUAGUCCGCAUCGCGUUGCGUGGUGUCUGAUAUUGUUAAUGCCUAUUCUUGAAUAUCCAUUAUCCGG